GGGUGUGCGGGCAGCGCUGGGUCCCGGCGGGAGCGGCUGAGGCAGGGAGCGCGUGCGGAGCCUCCUUCCUUUCCUCCCUCUGUGCCUGCCCGGGGGCGGCCCGAGGUGGAGCCGCCGGUGCGAGGAGGAGCCGCUGUGCCGGGACGCGGGGGGGGUCCGGCAGCAUGAACAUCGUGCUGGAGCUCUUCGUGGUGACUUUCCGAGUGCUGUGGGCGUUCGUGCUGGCCGCCGCCAAGUGGCUGGUGCGGCCCAAGGAGAAGAGCGUGGCGGGGCAGGUGUGCCUGAUCACCGGGGCGGGCAGCGGCCUCGGCCGCCUCUUCGCUCUGGAGUUUGCCCGGCGCCGGGCGCUGCUGGUGCUCUGGGACAUCAACACGCAGAGCAACGAGGAGACGGCGGGCAUGGUGCGCAACAUCUACCGGGAGAUGGACGAAGCCGCCCCCCGAGCUGGAGAUGGAGAAAAAGAUGUGCCGCCCCAUUGCAGCUUGCAGGUUUACACGUACACCUGCGAUGUGAGCAAAAGAGAACAUGUCUACGCAACAGCUGAGAGGGUCCGCAAGGAGGUCGGCGAGGUGUCCGUCCUGGUUAACAACGCUGGUGUGGUCUCGGGGCACCAUCUUUUGGAGUGUCCCGAUGAGCUGAUAGAGAGGACCAUGAUGGUCAACUGUCAUGCACACUUCUGGACCACUAAAGCAUUCCUUCCCAAGAUGCUGGAAAUGAAUCAUGGACACAUUGUGACAGUUGCAAGUUCCUUGGGAUUGUUCAGUACUGCUGGAGUGGAGGAUUAUUGUGCCAGCAAAUUUGGAGCUGUAGGUUUCCAUGAGUCUUUAAGCCAUGAGUUGAAGGCUGCUGAAAAGGAUGGAAUCAAAACAACAUUAGUCUGCCCUUAUCUUGUGGAUACAGGAAUGUUCAGAGGGUGCAGGAUCAGAAAAGAAUUUGAGCCUUUCCUUCCACCCUUGAAACCAGAAUACUGUGUGAAGCAGGCUAUGAGAGCUAUCCUUACAGACCAGCCAAUGAUCUGCACACCACGCCUCAUGUAUAUGGUCACCUUCAUGAAAAGUAUUCUGCCCUUUGAAGCAGUUGUAUGCAUGUACCGGUUUUUGGGAGCAGACAAGUGUAUGUACCCUUUCAUCGCUCAAAGGAAACAGGCUACAAACAACAAUGAAGCAAAAAAUGGAAUUUAACACUGGUUUGAUGGACUAACACUUACAGAUGAACACAAUAAUGUAACAUGACUGAAUCGCGAAGUGCACUUGCAUCUAACAGAUGCAAGUGUCAACAUCUUACUGUGGCAUUCUCUUGGGUCCUAAACCUGUGUAUUGAACUCUAAAAAUCAAUGUUUUUUAUAUACUGUAAAUAAAACUGACUAGAGUAUUGGAAGAUGUGAUAGGUAAGCAAAGUGAAUUUGCAAGGUAGCUGCCACCAUUGUCCUUUAGAAUAUCACUGUAUGUACAGUAAACUAGUCUUACUACUUCUUGUAGGGAUGCACUGUGUGAUAUCUCUUCCUUAUCCUGCCAAGCUUUUUAAGAGCUGUCUCCAACUAGAAGAUGCAAUGUUUCAGAAGUUAUUUGUCUUUCCCUGUGUUGUUUGGGAAGGAGGAGGGAGGGAAAUCUGAAGAUUUUAAGCUACUGCUUGUGACCUUUUAUCAAAUUCAAUGACAGUUUCUGAAUGCAUCUCUUCACUUGUUCACCCAUGCUCUCUGAAGGACACAUGGCCAAAUUCUGGUGUAAUUCUCUUUUGUAGCAAUUGUGUGUGUUCUAUUUAAACAAAGAUGAAAAGAAAUUUAUGCUGAUUCAAAGGCAAGUGAAUGUGUCAAAUACUCUUGGAGCGAACUAGAACUGGGCAUCUGGUUUUCUAGGAAUGCAGUCAGUGAUUUAAACCGACGUUUUUCAAGUCACUUGAUUUGAAAUAUGCUCUGUUCUGUUUCCCUCUAUAUGUCAGGAUCCAAUCUACUAUUAUGGACUAUGUUUCAUUUCUUCCUCCUCAUUCUUACUUCCAACAGAGUUCUCCUACCCCCUGAGGAAACUAUUGUAUUAAAUUUCUGUAACUGGACUUGUGCCUAAAAGACAAAGCAACUCAGCUGACAUAUUGUUUAUGUAAGUGCUGGUCAUAUGCCAAUUAUUAGCAAAGGAACAAUAGCAUAAUGCCUGAUGCAAAUCUACAUGUGGAAUAUGGAAGGGUGUAAAGAUUUUUUUUUUAGUUCUACUCACAUUGUAGAACAGCAAAUGACAUUUUUACAGUAUUUUUUUUUUGUAAAGCAAAUAAUUUUGUGCCUUGAAUAAUUUGGUAGUCUGUAUUAGUGAAGUAAAAGUGAACUUCUACCUCUGUAUCUUAAUGUAUACCAUCCACUUGUAAACUACUAUUGGACAAAUUGUGAUUACUUUUUUAGAAUGUUGUGUUAAAUAGUGACCAAUGUCUGUGGUUAUUAAAGUGAGCCACCUUUUCCUUAAAACAGUGACUGCAGUGCUUGUUUGAAAGGCUAAACUAAUGCAAACUACUUGUUUGUUCCGCAGCUCUUCACUAUCAACACAGUCCAAAUAUUUAUCACUCAAUUCCUGUAGCCACUUUGUCAGCUAUAUGGUUUACAGUGUAAUCUCUUAAGUCUGUCAGUAAGUACUGUGAAAUUAGAUUUUAGGAGCUGACAGUUUUCUCUAGUUUUUAAAUUUGUCAAUUAAUUAACUGGCCAAAGAACUUCUGAAGAAUAUUCAUUUUGGUUUUCUGUGGAACUUUGUUUAGAUCUCAUAAAAAUGACCUGGUGUGGAUAGACUUUUGGUGAAUUUAAAAGUAUAUGUAGUUUCAGUGCAGCUGCACUUAUUAUAUGUAUGCUUUAUAUAUAUAUGUAGUAAUAUAAAAAAAUAUCUGUGUGGAGAAGAGUGUUAACUAAAACUGUUUAGAAAUUAAUCUAAAGUAGAAGAAACUAUUUACAUUAACCCUUAUUCCAAAUUCCAUGCUCUUUUGAAAAAAAGCCUCUUAAUGACUUCCCCAGGGCCAAAUUAACUGCCAUAUUCUUACAGCAAAGUCACUAAGAGCAAGUACAACAAAUUUCAUUCUGUUACAUGGCAUAACUUUAAUGUGCGUUUGUUUUUCUAAGAUGUCUCAAUCUAUAUUGCUGUAUGGGACUAAAAAAUGACUUUUAAAGUUUGAUACUCAAGACACUUAUUAGCCAGACAAAAAAGGAGAGAUGGGAGGGUGACAGUAACAUCAAGUUUCUAUAAAGCAUCAUGUCAAUUUACGAUGGUUAUAGACUUCCUUCAGAAGCAAGUUUCAGGGCUUGUAGAUUUCUACUUAAAUAAAUUGUUGUCAUGGUUUCUCUGAAUUUACUGCCUUUCCAGAAAUAUCAUGGUUGAUUUCAGUUUUUGAGCUGUGUAGCUGAGGGGUGGCUUGUGACUGGUGUGCUCUGUAGGAGUGUUUCUAAAGCUUGUUUAGACAUUUAACAUUUAAUUUCCUAUUCAAAAGUCAAUUUAGUACAUGUAGAGAAAGUUGAUACCAAAUACUUUGUACAUCUGGUGAGAAGUGCUUAAUUGCUUGUGAGGAGGAUCUUUGAGGCUGAUCUUAUGUUCUUCUGGUUUGUUAACUAAUAUCAAAGUUACUGCAUACCAAGUUCCUGGAUGCAGUCAUGGCUCCAAACUUAAAAUGGAUAACACUUGUCUUGCAGAAUGGAAAACUGAGCUUAAAGUCAGUUCAAGGCUCCAGAGAAGCAAAUUAAAGCACUAGUUUUUCAUCCUGAUACAGAUGAGCUAUUUUAGAAACGAUCUUGUCAAUUCUAGUCACACCUUAAAAAACAAACAACAGCACAUAAAGAUGCUGGUCACCUGAGUUGUUUUGGGGAUUUUUUUUGUCGGCUUUAUGGCAUCCUAGCUGUAUGAGUGACUCCUAUGAAGCAUGAAAACAAGGCUUGUGACUGAGGGUGGAAUGGGAACUUGGGUUUUCCCUCCACUUAGAUUAUUUUAAACUUCUUCUAGUAGCGUGUGAGGCUGAAAGUUUCCUUUAAUGCAAUGAUCACAAACUGACAAUUUCUGUGUCUCUUCAGUGUUGUUGCUAACUGAACUCUGCAUUGUUUCAGUACAAAGCCAGUGUAGUUUAAGUAGCUCAGGCAAAAGCUUUAAGUUAAUACUUUAAAUGGGUAACUUGGCAUAGGAAUGUUUUCCUUCAUUCUGCAGAAUGAGGUCACAUAAGUUUACUGUCGGGUGCAUGCCUUGGUAUCUUGCUGCCAUAACCAGAUGGGAUAGGCAGCAGAUAGGAACUUCCUGAGAAAACUUCUAUCUUCAUGAUGUUAUGCCUAUAGUCGUAUAAAUGUGUUUGAAGGUCAUUAUAUAGUACUGUACCUCCCAGUAAGCAGGAAAAUCACACUUGUGAUGCAUCUACAGUGGUGCUCUAGGGAUAAGAGUCAGCGGGGAGAGAUAGUCACUGCCCAAUUCAUGGACUUAGGACGGGCUGCUGGGUGCUCUGGCCUGUUUUAGUUGUGUUCCUAUCAGAUGAUUAGAUACUUGCACAACAUAGGUAGCUGGGUGCUUCCUCACUACAGAAGAUGUCUGUGCUUGGUCAGAGGAAUGGUGACUGAAUGGUUUAUAUUUGUUCUGCUUAAACCAAAGCUCAGAAGGCAUGAGAUUUUUUUUUUUUUUUCUCUGUGGCAUAAAAUUCUUAACAUUUGCCUUGUGGUAUGUAUUCACAGACAGUUGCUGCAAUACAACUGGUAUAUCAACAGUGUGUUCACAACCAGACUUACCUUGUAGUAGCUUACUCCUAGGGUUACACUUUGAGAGGCUCUGUGUAGUUUCCAAGUAAAUAUGUACACAAAUAAUUUUUUAGAGUCAGACUCUUCCCACUCAUGCCCAGUGACAGGACCAGAGGCAGUGGUCGUACACUGAAGCACAGGAGGAGCCAUCUAAAUAUCAGGAAAUGCUGUGAGGUAACAAAGCACAGGCACAGGUUGCCCAGGGAGGUUGGGAGGGGUCUCUUUCCUUGGAGAUAUUCUAAAGCAGUCUGGGUAGUCCUGUGCAACUGGCUCUAGGUGGUCCUGCUUGAGUAGCGGGGUCCCUUCCCAACUCAAUCAUUCUGAUUGUGUGAUUCUUAAAGAAAAAGAGAACCUAGCUUAUGGCUAGUAGGCAUGCUAUGAAAGGGAAUUAGUGUCUCUUAAAAGUCUGACUGUGUUGGAAGGCAGUUUAUAGUAAUCUAAAUUCAGAUCUCCUACACCAACCUCCUUUAUGGACAGUCCUAAUGGGUGGUAGAGACUGGAUUAUUCUCAUUAACAAUAUAGAGCUGAAUAGGAGCCUAUAAAUCUAGACUUUCUCUCUGUCCCAAAAACCAGAGAUGUCUGGGGUAACAAACUUAUCUCUGUAAAAUCUAAGCUGUUCUCAAAGUGAAUCUUCCUUCUCUUCCGUUCCUUAUUCUUUAAAAGGAACCUGUGGCUGUGAGAUUUCUAAACUGGGUUUACCCAUUAAGUAAUUGGAGUGAGAUAAGACAAGUCUGGGCUUCGCAUAUCUUUGGUUUUGGUGUUAGUAGUUUCUAUUACUGUGUACUUAUUGGUUGUUUUAUGUAUUAAUGUAGUUGCAGCUUGGAGCACCCAAGCUUGAUGCCCAGAGUAGUACAAAUUGUUCUUUCCCUCACAUUCCGUUAGGCCUGUUCAGGUGGUGUACGUACAGUGGUUAACACAAUAGAUAUGUGCUUUAACUUAGAUCUUAAUGACUUAUGCAGUAGAUCUCUAAGUGAGGUAAGUUAAUCACAAAAAAUACCCUUUUCCUUCAUAAUGAAUAAAUAAUUCAGGAGCAAGUGUUAUUAUUUACAUUCAAACACCACCAUGGUCUGUUGUAACUUUUGUGUGUAGGAAAACACUGGCAAGGUUUGUCUUCAGGAAUUGGGAAAAUUCUGAGGAAUCAAACUCUGUAGGGAAUGCACAUAAAUUAAGGGAUUAAAUUAUGGAUCGCUAUGGUUCUGAAAGUGUGCAUCUGCAUAAGAGUUUAAUGCGUAUAAAAGCAUUAACUUAAUCUCUGAAUUUCACUCCUAAUUUUUCUCCUUGUCUCUGAGUAGAAAAGUCCCAAGCAUCUGUUUGACAAAACACGAUUAUCAUAAUGCAAAUGGUAAUCUGGUAAGUAUUUAGUCUAAGAGUCUGUUUCUGUCCUUUAAAGCUUUAAACUCAAGUUUUCCCAGUACAGAAACUUUGGGACUCCACUCAGUUUUCCAUUGCUGAUGAGUUCAUAUCCCACAAACAGGAAAUAAAGCUGUCUAUCAUGGAGAUAAAGUCUUGUAACAGCCUUUGAAAUGGGGUUAGUCAGCACUGUUUGAUGAGGGCACCUGAUUUAAGGUUGACUUUGUCAUGAACUCCUAACCCUAAAUCCGAGGUGUUUAGUAACACAGUUGCUCCCCUCCCUUGCAAAAAAAGCUGGGAAGUCCAGGGAAGGUCCCUGAAAAGGUUAGAGAUGUAGUUACUUAAAAACCAAAAACUUGGUACUCUGAUUAGCCUGUCAUGUUUUAGCCUGGCCGUUAAGUCAUAGAAUUAUAGAAUCACUUAAGUUGGAAUGGACCUUUAAGAUCAUUUAGUCCAAUUGACCACCCAAUGCUUAUAUGUGUAAUGGCAGAAAGUAUGACUUUUUCAUGCCAUCAAAGAAAUGAAGAAAUUCAUACUAACUUUAUUUAAACAUGGUUUAAGUGGACAACCCAAAUAUUUGAAAUAAGUUUAGAAAUAACAUUCCAGUUUACAUACUUAUCUAUCUGCUUAAUGCUGACAAUACACAAACAAUUCAUUUCUUCCCCAAGAAAAAGCUUUCGAGCUAGAUGAUGAAUGUGCAGAAACAGAAACAAGUGUUUGUGUGUGUAUGUUUGUGUGUAAGUUAAAUUGACAGGAUGUUUGUCAGGGCAAUUGUAGCACUUGGCCGAGGAGCCACAGUGUAUUUUGUAGAAAUGAAACCUCUGAACACUUCUCUGUCUGUACAGGCUGACCAAACUGCCUUCAAAAUAUUAGCCUGUUCAAAUUGGAAACAUUUCAGCAAACAAUGUGACUGUGUCUAUGGAUUCUUUAUUUUCCUAAUCUAAUUAUUGUUAAAAGCUGGUGUGGCUGUGAGAUGUAGGGAAUAACUAGAACUGAGCCACUAGGAAAGCUAAUAGAGGCAGGUUUUAGCAGGAGAGGAAGAAUAGGGUGCUAGGGAUCUCUCCUCCAUACCCUACUCUAGCAGCUUCUUUUGCAGAUCGUGUGCAUGCACAACAUCCUGCUUGUGUGCUGACAUGCAGCCCUCUCUUCGCAUCGCAGCUGCAGGCAGCCGUAGUCCUGAGCUCUUAUGCUAUGGCUCGUCUACACACAUCCCUGAUCAGAACUACGCUUAAGUCUGUGCCUGCGUUUGUGCAUGUGUGUGUGUACCCUUAUGUUCUGCAAUAAGGAUGUAUUGUUCCAGCCUAACUUAAACAAGAACAAUGCUCUGGAGUAAGAAGUUCUGUGCUGUGGACUAGCCUGUGAGUUUUGAGUGCCUGUCAUACUCUCAUCUACAUCAACUGCUAUAUCUAAACAAGCCCUUAGAAGAUAAUUACAAACUUCAUUUAGGCAUGUCCACUUAAGCGAUGGAUAAGCAAUGUUAGCUUGAACUUGUGCUACUUUCUUAACGGCAAGAACAUUUUGAAUCACUAUUUAGAAGAAACUUUACUCGAUACAAGUUAGGUUUUCACCCAUGUCAGUAUUUAAUGGACAGAUGGAAGCAUGCCAGGUUGAUUAGGAUGUUAGGUUUUCCUGCUGCUCUGAAAUCCAUUAGUAUUGGCCUUUCCAGCUGUUUUAGAAGGAGCUCCCAGCUAGCUGAAUGUCUGGAACACAAGGAGAAGAGUUUCAUGUCAACAGCAAGAUCAGAGGAGAGGUCUCACAAGCAUCCCAGUAUUAACCCAGCAUCAGUGGUCUUCGUUUUAUAGGUGUCUGCACAGAGGUUUCACCAGUAUUUCUUGUCUUGUUACUCCUACUUGCUCAAUUUCACUACUGGUAUCAACAGUGGGAGCCUAAAUGCACAUAUGACUCCAAGGGACCAGUGUUUCCUCAAGACCUCUGCUUUCCCAGGGCUUGCCAGUGAACUGCCAUGCUUGAAACACUGAGGACUGUGAGCUUCUUGUCUAGCAUGUGAUCACAGUGGUGGGAAAUAAGUGCAAGGCAGAUGAGACCAAAGCUUCCAGUGGUGGGACCGUAAACUAGAACCCUCCAGCAAAAAUCAUUGAAACGUGGGUUUUCUCAUGUCUCACCUGUAUUCACAAUCUAAAAAACCUGAUAAGAAAUGCCAGCUUUUCUCUGCUUGCAGU